GAAUGAUCAAAAUCUUCUUUUUCUGGAUUUGCAAAGUUGGUAGAAAAAUAUACAGAAAUACCUGUAACUGGAUAAUCCAGAUAAAAUACAUUUAGCUUGACGUUGUAAGGCAACACAACAUGAAAAAGUUCAAAUGAUUUGAAGACUUUUGCAGGGCCAUGAAAACAGCUGCUGUGAGCCAUUACCCUUGUGGCUGGCACACUGACAUUAAUGGGGGGUCAGCUCACGCCCCUCUCUCUGUUGUCUGACUGUAACCCCGCCCUCUCGGAACACGCGGGGACAGCGAAUCAAACAGAUUUGUGGAGGAACAGGAUCCGCAGCAGGAGAAACAGAUAGAAAGAAGAGGGAGAGGAGGAGGAGAUCUUCAACUUGGUUCUCUGUAGUAAAGCUGCACCUCCUGGCGCGGUGCAGUCUCGGUUCUCCGCCGGACCGGGCAUGCACGACCCUCCGAGGUGGAAGUGAUCCGUGCCGCAGCGACAAAGAUGCAGGCGGAGGACAUGGAGGUACCUAUCAUUAAUAACCUUAACGAUAACGGCGACAGACAGAAGCCGAAAGGGAAAGAUGUGUUCAAGGACCAGCAGAAAGAGUCGGAGAGCUCCAUGGAGUCUCCAAACCUGGAGUUUGAAUACGGCGACUCGGACACGAUCACAGCUGAGCUUUCAGAGCUGUACAGUUACACAGAAGAGCCAGAGUUUGCCCUGAACAGAGACUACUUCGAGGAGGACUUCAGGAGCCAUGCUCGAGGCAGAAGGUGGACCACGCUGACGGUAGACGAGCAGAAAGCGUAUGUCAUGAGACUGCUGGACGCCUUGGAGGUGACGGACCAGGACAAGAGGCUGAAGGUGGCCAGGGCCAUCCUCUACUUGGCUCAGGGAGUGUUUGAUGAGUGUGACACAGAGGUGGAUGUCCUCCACUGGUCCAGACACAACAUCUUCCUCCUUUACGACAUGGGCAUCUUCACAGCGCUGCUGGAGCUGCUCAGCAUGGAGAUAGAUAACAGCCAGGCGUGCAGCAGUGCAGUGAGGAAGCCUGCCAUCUCUCUUGCAGAUAGCACAGAGCUCAGGGUGCUGCUUAGCAUCAUGUACCUGAUGGUGGAGACCAUUCGUGUUCAAACAGAAGAUGACCGGCCAGAGUGGAGAGCAGCCAGAGAGGCUUUCAAGAAUGAGCUAGGUUCGCCUCUUUACAACGGAGAGCCUUUUGCUCUGCUCCUCUUCACCAUGGUGACCAAGUUCUGCAGCAUGAACGCGCCCCACUUCCCCAUGAAGAAAGUGCUGCUGCUGCUGUGGAAAACAGUACUGUUUACUUUGGGGGGCUUCGAGGAGCUCCAGCAGAUGAAGGUGCGAGCCCGGGAGCGCCUCAGCUUACCCCCGCUCCCGGAGGACAGCAUCAAGGUGGUGAGAGCCAUGAGAGCAGCGUCUCCCCCGGCCUCGGCAAUGGAGCUCAUCGAGCAGCAGCAGCAGCAGAAGAGAGGCCGCCGCAGCCGCAGGAGUGCCUUUGUUGAUAGCUUGGAAGGAGACAGUCCCUUUCCCAAGAAGCAGCCCCUGGUCAAGCAGGACAGCCUAGACACCUACAACGAACGGGACCCCUUCAAGAACGACGACCCCCGGGAUGAGGAGGAGGACCCAGAGGACACGGACAGCGGCAUCGAGGGGGAGGUGGACCCGCUGGACCGGGACGUCAUCAUCCAGCCUCCGCCGCCUCCACUGAGACCCUCGACAGAGAGGGUCAACUUCCCCAAAGGCCUGCCCUGGGCCCCGAAAGUUAGGGAGAAGGACAUUGAGCACUUCCUGGAGACCAGCAGGAAUAAGUUCAUUGGUUUUACUUUGGGAAAUGACACAGAGACCCUGGUAGGGUUACCCAGACCCAUCCAUGAGAGUGUCAAGACCCUCAAACAGCACAAGUAUGUGUCCGUAUCUGAGAUCCAGAUCAAGAAAGAAGAGGAGCUCCUGCAGUGUCCACUCAGUCUGGGUGAGGAAGAGGUGGAGGAGACCCCAGCAGAGAUCUUAUAUGUGGGAAUGCUUCCUAAUCUCUCGCAGUAUGUGAUCGCCCUUCUGAAGCUCCUUCUGGCAGCAGCUCCGACCUCCAAAGCCAAAACCGAUUCAAUCAACAUUCUGGCUGAUGUGCUGCCUGAGGAGAUGCCUAUCACAGUCCUUCAGAGCAUGAAGCUGGGGAUUGACGUGAACCGUCACAAGGAAAUCAUCGUCAAGGCCAUCUCUGCACUGCUGCUGCUUCUCCUCAAGCACCUCAAACUGAACCAUAUCUAUCAGUUCGAAAUAGUCUCCCAGCAUUUGGUGUUUGCCAACUGCAUCCCACUCAUCCUCAAGUUUUUCAACCAGAACAUCAUGUCCUACAUCAGUGCCAAAAACAGUAUAUGUGUGUUGGACUUUCCCCACUGUGUGGUCCAUGAGAUGCCUGAGCUGACAGCCGAGAGCUUGGAAGCAGGAGACAACAACCAGUUCUGCUGGAGGAACCUUUUCUCCUGUAUCAACCUGCUAAGGAUCCUCAACAAGCUGACCAAGUGGAAGCACUCCAGGACCAUGAUGUUGGUUGUUUUUAAGUCAGCCCCCAUCUUGAAGAGAGCUCUGAAGGUGAAGCAGGCCAUGAUGCAGCUCUACGUUCUUAAACUGCUAAAGAUCCAGACCAAGUAUCUGGGCCGGCAGUGGAGAAAGAGCAACAUGAAGACCAUGUCGGCCAUCUACCAGAAGGUUCGCCACAGGCUCAACGACGACUGGGCCUACGGAAAUGAUAUCGAUGCCCGGCCCUGGGACUUCCAGGCAGAGGAGUGCGCCCUGCGGGAGAGUAUCGAGAAGUUCAACAGCCGGCGCUACGACAUGAACAAAAACGGAGACUUCACACCCGUGGACAACUGCCUGCAGAGCGUGCUGGGCCAGCGCGUGGAGCUGCCGGAGGACUUCCACUACAGCUACGAGAUGUGGCUAGAACGAGAAGUGUUCUCACAGCCGAUUCAGUGGGAGGGUCUGCUGCAAAAUCCGUAACGGGCCAGUUGGGAGGAGGCAGGGGGGGAUGGGAGAUGUGCCACUGGAGAGGUCUCUCACCAGCCAGGAGGUUGUUUCAGGGUUCUGUUUUGUUACAGAAAUUAGCUAACUUUUGCAGAUUAAAGGUGAAAGAAGCAACGGUUUUAAGCCACACCUCAGGCCAUGCAACAAAAGGAGAAAUAAAGGUAAGAUUGGGUGGAUUUGUUGGCGCACACGUAGAUUUUACACUAACUAAAUGUGCCUAAGACUACUGUGAACAUCUAAGCACAUAAGAAUGAAAGUAGCAAUUGAAAAACAUUUGUAAUUGUUGUAGCACGACAUGGUUUCGGCCAGUUAAACUGCCCCCAAGAAUGCCAGUCGCUCUUCUUUAGUACGUCAGUGCUCUUCUAAUUCCCUCAUGAUGUUUUGGCCUGAAGACAGGGAAUUCUCACAGGGAAAGGAGUUGACGAGCAGUCCUGAGUUUUUCAUCCAAUAUGGCUACCAUGCAGAAAGAAUAUUGUGAAAGUUGCCCGUUUAAACUAUUUAUCACCACUUUUGACUUUAUGUUAUAAUAAUCCUAUGUCACACAUAUUACCGUUCAACAUCUAUUUGUUGAGUGUUCAAAAAACAUAAUGUUGAAAGAACUUGUCAUUGCUGUUGAAUGUAGAGCACCAAACCAAAAAGCAAGUCUCCCUAUUUCCUUGCUUGCAACUAGGACGAGUUCCUCGAAUGUGACGUCAUUCCCAUUUCUGAGCUCCAACAGCUCUGAGGCAAACAUGCCAUUUCUUACCAUCUCACUUAGGAGUAUAUGUCAUGGAAUUUGAAGUAAAAAUAAAGCAACCUUGUGAUGCUUAUGUGUUUGUUGAGAAUUAUAUUUUAGAAAUGUGCUGAAAUAGGCUUCUUUCCAGUAAAUGGGACCUAAACACCACUCUAAAACCCAUUGAUCCAAAACCCUUUACAGAUCUCCCUCAAGUUAUUUUGCUUUUUUUUUUACAGGAAACCCUUUCCAGGUUGUCUUUUGGUUUAUGACUGCUUAAAGGUUAAACAAUAUACAAUUUAGUUACUUAUAAAUGCAUUGUGUUCAGACUUUAGGGACUAGGUCAGGGUGAGAUUCAGGGUUAACCAUUUGUGCAUGACAAUUUAUGAAACAGAAAUAAUGUGGGCCUAAGAAUGAAGCCUACAAUUAAAUAUUUCUCAUUUGGUUUGGUAACUGCCAUAAACACUAAAAGAAGAAGCUAGCAAGCUGCCAACUUAUUCUUCUUCUUCUUAGUAGCUGGCUAGGUAGUAGUUAGCUAGCUAGUUACUUUUUAUCCUUUUAAUGUAAAAACAGACAAAAAAAGAAAGCAUAAGUUAAUUGUCUAGGUUUUUGCUAUUAAAAAUGUGUUUGAAGCUGCAUAGCUAAUCUGCAGGCUCACUUUCUAAUGUUCACUACAUUUCCAAGCGUCUGGAGUAGCACCCUAUUGCUUCCCUGAGUCUCAAAUCUCAGCAAAUAGCACUUCUACAGAACAGCAGGAUAUUUCCAGUGACUGCCAUUGACAAUGUCAUUAUCUGUCCAACUACAGCACAAUAUAUAACUACUUAGCAUUCUGAUGGUGGGAUUCAAUUGUUACAAAAAUUGGUGCUGUUUCCUGGGGGUUUCUUUGCUAUUCUUCCUUCACUUUGGACUGCCCAAGCAGGGCACCACAUCCAGAACUCUGUUGUUAAGCACACAGACAAGCACAGUGGUUUGUUUUGAUGUCCUUUUUGUUUCAAGUGUACUCGCUCUGUGGACUGUAUACUGUCUUUGUGUACAGUAGAAUGCUUAUUUUGAUGCUCGGCUGUUUGCUUUUAUAUAAAAAUUGUGCAUGACCGCUGUUCUUUUCUCCACCUGUUUUCAGAUCUUAAAGGGAUAGUUCAGGAUUUCCGAAAUGAGGUUAAGAGGUAACACGCAAUCAGUAUCUUACAUGCAGUAGAAAAUACCCUUGCCGUCUGCAUUUAGAAUAAAUCCAAACUUAUUUCUUGAUCCUGAAAUUAACAGCUAGUUUAGCUGGGGCCAAGAACAAAGCAGACAUCUAUAUUCUCUUAAAAUAACUUCUAUUACUAAAAACAUUUUUAUAAACUCCAUUUUAUGAAACUUUGACUUGUUGCUUCUGUUUGCAUCGGCAGUGUUUCUAGAAAAGUCAAUAAUUAAUAACAUGGGAAUUGAGUUAGCUGACCAAUAAACUGUGUAAAUUACAUAUGCAGAACGGAACGUGUAAACCCUCAAGAUUUAUAAAGUAGCGUUCACUUAAACUGACAUAUUUUUCUGCUUUAUUUUUAUACACGGCAGUUACUCUGACCAGAAAUGCAUUACAUCAUCUGUUCUGACCAUGUGUUUCACACAGGAAGAUCAUUGGUGGCGCACCGCAUCCUAAAUCCACUUCCAGUGUAAAUAAUAUAGACUUCUCUGGACAUAACCGCCCCAAUGCUAUUGUGAUAAAGAAUCAAAGCCUCAAGAAUUAGUAUUAGCAUACACUACUCUGAUGUUUUUAAGAUUUUUUUAAUGCAACAUAAGUCUGCUUUAAUCUUGGCCCCUCGCGGGUUAGUCAUUAGCUUUGUCAUCAUGUUCAACUAUUUUAUCCUAAAUGAAGACGUCAAGAGACUUAGCAACUGAAAAAGCAGCUAAUGUUUUUAGCACUGUUAUGGUUUAAUUUAUUUACCUGUUGAAGUCAUAAUUUUCUUCACAAAGACAAUAAAUAGUUUAAAGAAAGUUUAUAUAUAUUCUCAGGUUUAUGGAGAUAUUAUAUAGCAAAAUCUUCCUUGCCGUUGUCUAGCUCACUACAUGGAGAGAAGUAUACACAUUCAGUUUUAUAGUCCAGUUCAAUACAAAAUGACCUAAAGCACUAAACCUUAACUCCAGAGGGUGUACACAGUUGUGAAGUUGUUUUUGUCAGCUGCAUUUAAAAUGUUGUGUUUUUGUAUCUUGUGCCAAAUUAAAGUGCCAUUUUCUAUUUUAAUUAUGUUGACCCUUUUGCAUUAAAAUCAUUACUGGAGGCUUGCAAUACAAUGUUUUUAUUUUCUACCUUUCAAACUGCACAAUCAAUAAAAAACAUAGCUGUC